UGUACCGCGGCGAGGGAGGCGCGCCGUUCAUGUCGAAUGCGUGCAGCGCGUACUACUUCACCUCGUAGCGUUAUCGGGAAAGCGCGGGAAAAUCGCGGCGCCGAGCGCUCGCUUCAGUAGGCUCGCGGCCGCCGACAGACAUGGACGGGUCCGCGCGCGCGCUCGCUCUCGUACUCGCGGUGCUCGCGCUCGCGUACGCGCGCGCCCACAUGCCGUCCCACGACAACAUCCUCAGAAUACAGUUGUGGGACGCGGAGGGUCUCAGCAGGGAUCCCAUCACGACGCCGGCUCCGGCCACCACGCCAGCUGCAGCCACCACCAGGCGCCACAAGUUGAAAGUGAACUUGGACUUGCUGUACGAAACUAUGCUGGAGGAGGGCCACGGCGGAGGCUUCGGCCGGUUCACUCGUCACAAAGUGCGGCACAAGCGGCGCCGGCCCCGGCAGACCGGCACCGACCUGCCGUGGCGGUUCCACGCCGGGGACCAGGUGGUGAACGUGGCCGUGUACGACGACAAUGUGCCGUGGGAUGUUAUCGAGGCUGACAAUAGCGGGACCGUGGUGAAUGCCAGUGCAGUGAGUGACAGUGCCAGUUCCGCAGUGAAUGCGCCGCGGGACGUGGGGCCCCCCAUGCUGCUGCGACAACCUGAGGACGAGGAGCGUGAGGUCAAAAAAGCGUUGCCCCAAGUUCCAAAAUGCUGUCCAAGUGGUCAGAACCUCACCACUACGGUAGAAGAUGGCACCGUGAAGACUGUCUGCAGCCGAUCCAGCCUGACCUUCCAGCCAUACUUCUUCCAAGCUAAUGAAACGUACAUGUUUAGCUACGAAACCAAUGUCUACGAGACUUUAGUAGGCAAUCCUUGUAAAUAUGAUAGAUACAAAUUAGAGCCAUACAUCCACAGUGAAGACGAGUUCUAUCUCUUAGUAAACGGGUCUCUCUUCGUGCCAUACGCAAGACCCUACUUACUGGGUACGAAAGACUAUUGCAUGGAGACGUUUUACAAUGAGUCGGUGCCGGCAGGAUUGACUUUACCCGUCGUUUGUUUCACCACGCCUAUGGAGGAAACUAAAACGUCUUCUACGCUCAUUGCGUAUGCCACAGGUCUCCUAAUAUCGGUUCCAUUCCUCCUAGCAACGGCUUUUGUGUACCUAUUCAUUACGGAGUUACGGGACACACACGGCAAGGCGCUUGCUUGCCACACCGUAUGUUUGGCGCUCGCGUUCACUUGUCUCGCCGCCACGCAACUCGCGGGGCACGCCUUUCCUACAGUCGCCUGUACUAUUAUGGCAUACUUGAUCCAGUUUUCGUUCGUAUCCUGCUUCUUCUGGCUAAACGUGAUGUGUUUCGAUAUAUUCCUGAACGUUCGGAGAUACAUAAACGCGUCAGUAACAAGACGCAGCAUGCGACGAAGGUUCGCGUGGUACUGCGUAUACGCAGUCCUGUUCCCCAUACUGCUACUAAUAGUUACUAUCACCAUGGACCUGUCGCCAGCAGUGCCCAGCACUUAUCUGAAGCCUAACUUCGGAGUUAAGGGCUGCUGGUUUAAGACGGAUCAAGCAGCGUUGCCGUACUUCUACGGGCCAGUUGCUCUCAUACUGUUCAGCAAUCUUUGUAUAUUUUUCUUCACAUCGCGAGCCAUCGCUACGCAUUAUGAUAAACUUAAGGAUGUUACACCGUUAGACCUGACGCAUUCAGACUUCAGCACGUCAGACGACUGGGUGCGCCUGGGCACGGUGCUAGGCCAGCCGCUGCCAGUCCACGAGACCACAGCUUCGCCGCCUAGGGAGGCACCCUCGAAUUUCAAUCAGAGGCUUAAGAAGUACAAAAAAUUGUUCCGCAUGUGCUGCCUACUCUCCUUCAUCAUGGGUCUAACAUGGGUGCUGGAGGUGGUGUCAUGGGCAGCGGGCGCGGGGUCAGAUGUGGUGUCAGUAUGGUCGGUGCUGGACCUGGUCAACGCGCUGCAGGGAGUGGUUAUAUUCGCCAUCUUUGUACUGCAGCAGCCCGUCCGAUCGCUUGUUAAGUCCUCACACAUAUUCUCGUCAUGCAAAAGGAAAAAGGACGGCUCAGAAGUGUCGGUUGUAAGUGAAAGGAACAGCAUCAUAGGUCCCGGCAGAAGAGACUAUGUGUAGUGUAGUGUCAGUGACGUUGGACGAACGUUCUAGAACAAGCCAGCGCAAGCUGAUGCACUCGAGACUGAUAAUGGUAACAGUAUUAUUGGCUUUGAAGAUUCAGUGGUGAGUGGAAAAUGUUUAAUUCGUCAUUAUGAAUUGGAACUUUUUUCAUUGUAAUAAGGUCUUAAGUUCCGUAAACUUAUUGGAGCUGUCAAAACUUUUGUGUCUUUCGAUCAUGCUGGAAAUGACGUUUGAUGGAAUCGACAAUCAGUUCCUUAAACGGGUGCAUUGAACGGUCUUGUGAAUACGGACCUAAGUAUUUAAGUUCUUACUGAGUUUGAAAUUACGAAUGAUUGAGUCUAUUUUGAAUAUAAAUUAUGUGUAAAUAUUUAUGUGGUGACUCUUAUUUGAAUUUAUUUGGCAGCGAAUUUAUCACAACGAAAUCUUUGUACAGACUUGACUUACUGAUGGUAUCGUAUCAGUUUUGAAACUUCUUCAAAAAUGUUGUGAUUGAAAUUCGCUCUUCCUCAAACGAGAUUAGGAUUUGCUUUCAAACCACUCACAUUAAAAUCUUCAAAGCAUUGCAGAGCAAUGUGAAAGGUGUAUGAACUUCAUUCAUGAUUUCAUUCCUGUGAUAGCGCCUUAAAACUUGUUUGUAAUAUUAUUUGCGAGAGUUCUAUCUUCUUAUUACGUUGCUUGUGUUUCAUUUAGUAAUUAGCUUACUGUUAAACUAUAAUUUAGCAUUUUACAGAUAUAUUAAGAGUUUAAGUUACCGUUUCAUUAGGCUGGGUGUUCUAGUGGAUACAACGAUACACAAGGCUUAUUUUAUAAUCUAAGUUUACGUAUUAUGCAAUUGUUAUUAUUGAUUAUAUGAGUUUAUUUAAGGCAGCCUCGGCUCAGAUCUGCCUGCCCAGCCUAACGCUUGUUAAAUGUAUGGUUGUUAAUACUUAGUGUAAGAAAAUUUAAUAUUUUUAUAAAGUACAUGACCAAGUUAAUGAUUUUAUCUAAGCAUUAGCUGAUGUGACCUCCGCAUCGGAUCCUACAAUCUUGAUAGACGAAAUUGUGUAGUGCCAUAUGAUAGAAAAUAGUGAACUAAAAACGUGGUGCAUUUUAUUUCCUUUACGAGAGCUAGUCAUAAUGUAUAAAUUAAUGAAUGUUAUAAGCAAAUAGGUUAUUUAAUUUAUUUUCGUAAUUAUUAAUAAGGUGGACAAUUUGGCAGUGUAAAUGAUUCGUAUAAAAUUCUUGGGUUUGGCUGGCAAGAAUUGAUAAGUAUUAGUGCUAAGAGAACGAUUGUAUUUGGUCUAUUGACAUGAUUUGACUUAGAAACCCGUAAAUAUAUUAAGAAAUUACAUCAACUGUUUUAUAUUUCAAUGUUCUAUUCUGCUCAACUGUUCCAGUUAUUGGAUUUAUUUUUAACAUAAUUCAUUUGAAUUUAAUGCAUAAGUUGUUUAUUACAUAUUCAAUAACAAAACCUUGUAUCAUUCUCGAAAUUAUUACUAUUUAAAUGCAACAAAAUUAUUAAAACUUAAUACAAAUGGGGACAGGAAAAUGACAAUGUUGUUCACUUAAAAUGCGUCAAACGUAGGUAUUUUCGUCAUGUGGAAUGUUGGUUUCAAGAUCCUACAUUGGGGUUUGUCCCGAAUACUUAAUGUAAAAACAGGUAAAUUACCAACCUAAAAAAGGAUAAAAAACCAGUCAUUCUUUUAAAAAUUAUUGCAUACUUAUAUUUUGAAUUGUAUCAAAAUACUAAUGAAAUCACCAAUUUUGAUAAUAAAGUAAUAGAUUAACAUAAACCCGCACUUAAUUUUGAUUAUGACAUUAUCGAAAAUGGAUUUUAAUGAAUGCGGAUUUUAUUUAAUGUGUUUUUGAUGACGCUCACAUAACACUAGUAGGUAUAUGUAUUAGGUAAAACAGUUGAUGCUAUUUCUAAAAAAGGCAAGGCUUAAUUAAAAAAGAAAUAUUUCAAAACAAUAAAUUAUGUAACAAAUCAACAGAUAUUAACUCCAGACGGAACUAAUUUAUCAAAGAAACUUUUCAACCCAUAAAUUGUUUAUUGAUUCGCAACAAACUUGCAAACGUUAUCUAUGUAAAUUAAAAUAAUAUUCUGGAUAAGACUGGUCGUAUGAAUAAUGAAACGGGAAUACGUAAUAAAGUUAUUAAAAUACCAUUACGUGUAGAUAAGGAAAUGUAAUGUUAGGCUUGAUGAAGCAUGUUGGAGAAAGAGAUAUAAAUUGUGCUCGGUUACGACCAAAUGUUGCGCGUCAUUAUAUUGCGAAUACGUGUAAUUUAAAAACAUCUUGACAUUACGCUUUAAAAUGGCUUCUUUUUAAAGUCAAAGUUAGAAUUCUUAAAUUUAAAAAAUACUAACACGUCCUACGUAUUUAUAUGUUUAUUUUUCGUUCUUCAAUUAAUGAAAUUAACCUUAAAGUUCCUGUUGUGACACUCAACAUUUGGUCCAAUAUCGAGUCCUAUGAAACAAACCCACUGUAGCAAUUUUCGACUUUCAUUAAAUUUUAAUUUCGCUCAUCAAAAUUUUUCGUGUGGAAUAAAAUUGAAUCAAAAUUUAAGGACCCACGACAAUAAUUAGUGUUGUAACUUUAAGUAUAUCUUAUUUAAUUUGUUUGUAAACCAUCUGUUAUUUUCCAUUAUGAGAUAUUGAAUCUUUAUUAACAGUAAAAUAAAAUUAUGUAAUUAAUGUAAAGCUUUGAGUUUGUAUAAAGUGUAUUUAUCUUAAAUGCUAAAACACGUUGAUGAUACGUUACAAGAGAGCCGCAUAUGAACUGACUUCUUAAUUGUACAUUUUAUACGAUAACGUUGGCAACGAGCUUUAUUUUAAAAAUACAGUUCAUAAUUUAGUUGUGGCGUCUCGUAGCGUAUGAUAAAUGUGUUUCUGCGUAAAGUUAGCGAGUAUGCGUGUGUAACUAUGUAUUAUAUUAAUUGUUAAAUGUUGAUGCGGAAUUUUUAAGUGAAAUGACAAUUUAAAAGUGUAUAUUUGUCUAUUUUGCAAAACAUGACGUUAAUAAACAAGCUUUAUAUAAA